AUGAGACCUACGGCCGAGAGGACUGCGAAAAAAGGCAUGGGCACGACUGCUCCUGGACAAAUCUCGAUCAAGGUCUCUUCGGGACCAAAUUGUCACAGCAUGGCUAAUGUCAAGCUGCUGGCUGAGAUUCUCCUCAAUGGGUGUGUCGAACCUCAACCACCUAUUGCCAGAGCUCUGCGGGAGACCGCAGCACAGUUGAAAAAAGCUGAGCAUGAAGUGAUGGAAUUCAAGACGCCAUUUGAUUGUUGGGAGGUGGCUCAAGCCACGUGGAGGCUCUGGUUUCAAACUGGCGCGAAAGAAACGCUGACGCUGGUCGCUUCCUCUGGAGAACCCAUAUAUUCGACGUUCAAAUGGUAUCUAGAGACAUUCGACAUUAAGGAGCUGACAAUCCCAGAACUUUUCCACCUCAAUACCAAACAAGCAGAAUGGAGAUACCAGUUUGCCGCGUAUUGGUACAACACGGCGGCGAAGACUGGUACUGACCGUCCCAUCGACGCCCUAAUUUGUCCUUGCGCUCCUUCUGCGAGAUUUCCUCAUGGACAUCCAGUUUGGUGGGGAUAUUUUAGUUUGUGGAAUAUCCUGGACUAUCCCAGUGUGAUUCUUCCACUCAAAAGGAUGAAAGCCGACCCCGACAAAGAUGCCAAAGACCUGAACUACGUCCCAAAGGAUAACAUUCGACAAGAUGAAUUAGGAAAUUGGUAA